AUUUACAUGAAUAGGAAGACCGGUACAGUGCGGGAGACGGAGUGGACAUUUUUCAAUAUUUUCAUAUGGGAACGUUAAAAUUAAUGCGACUGAAAGUUCUUCUGCAGAUAUAAUAGCAGGAAGUCCAGCAACAGGUAUGAAGCUGAAGUUGAAGCUGAAGAUGAAGCAUCUGCUGUGGAACUUCGCCAAAGUCAUCUGGAUGUUCUGCACUUCAGUGCAGGCGCAGGUGGGCUCGGAUGCUGGAAUCACUGCCCAGGAGCAGGUGUACCUCCUAUACGAUGUCAAGGUGCAGUGCCUGCAGAACGUGUCGUCGCACGACCCCACAGAUGAGCCCUGCCCCCCCGGGUGGGAUGGCCUGAUCUGCUGGCCACAGGGAUCCCCGGGAGCAGUCACGCAGGUCCCAUGCCCCAAAUAUGUCUACGACUUCAACCACAAAGGUCACGCCUACAGGAAAUGUGAUGCCAACGGCUCAUGGGUUUUUCUGGAGAGCUUAAACAGGACGUGGGCAAAUUAUUCUGAAUGUUUGAGGUUCCUUCAGCCGGAUCAUGUGGUGGGGAAGCAGGACUUUUUCGAGCGACUCUACAUCAUGUACACCAUCGGUUAUGCGGUGUCCUUCAGCUCCCUCCUGGUCGCCAUCUUUAUCAUCGGAUACUUCCGGCGCCUGCACUGCACCAGGAACUACAUCCACAUGCACUUGUUCGUGUCGUUCAUGCUGCGAGCCGUCAGUAUCUUCAUCAAGGACCACGUGGUUCACGCCAAUGUCGGCCUGCAAGAAUUCGACUCGGUGCUGAUGGACAACUUCAGGACCGUCUCUGUAAUGUCAGUGGACAAGUCUCAGUAUAUUGGCUGCAAGAUCACUGUCCUCCUCUUCAUCUACUUCUUAGCAACCAACUACUACUGGAUCCUGGUGGAGGGGCUGUACCUGCACAGCCUCAUCUUCAUGGCCUUCUUCUCGGACACCAAGUAUCUGUGGUGGUUCACCAUGGUCGGCUGGGGUGUCCCCGCUGUCUUUGUGGCGGCCUGGGCCAUCGUCCGGGCAAUGCUGGCCGACGCCAGAUGCUGGGAGCUCAGCGCAGGAAACAUCAAAUGGAUCUACCAGGUGCCCAUUUUAACCGCCAUUGGACUAAACUUCAUCUUAUUUGUAAAUAUUGUACGGGUGCUUGCAACAAAGAUCCGGGAGACCAACGCAGGGCACUAUGACACAAGAAAGCAGUACAGGAAGCUGGCCAAGUCCACCCUGGUCCUGGUGCUGGUGUUCGGGGUGCAUUACAUCGUGUUCGUGGGGAUGCCGCACACAGCCAAGGGCGUCGCCUGGGAGGUCCGCAUGUACUGCGAGCUUUUCUUCAACUCCUUCCAGGGCUUUUUCGUCUCCAUCAUCUACUGCUACUGCAACGGCGAGGUCCAGACAGAAAUCAAGAAGACGUGGACGAGGUGGAACCUGGCCUUCGACUGGACGGCCCCGGUGCGGUGUGGGGGAUACCGCUACGGCUCUGUACUGACCAGCUUGAGUCAGAGUGCCGGCAGCCAAUCACAGCUGGCCGCUGUCUCCCGCUCCACCGCCCUCUUCUCCAGCCAGGUGUACCGUAGCCGGGGAGGGCGCUCUGCCACCACCCAGGCUGCCCUGCCAGGCUGCGUGCUCAGUGGCUCAGAGGGCGACAGCCUGCCCGCAUCUGCCCCCGAGGAGCGCGACGAGAGCGCUGGGCAUGUGGACGACAUCUCGCUGAAGGAGGCGCCAUGUGGGCCCCGUGGGGCCGAGGCCGACCAGGAGGAGAGCAUAUAGGAUGGGGGUGGGGGGCCCCAGAAGACCCUCACACACACAGGGGGAGAGAGCCCCCGUGAAGCUCUUACACACACAUGGAGAGAGGGGCCCCCUUGCAAGGCCCUCACACACACAGGAAAAAGGGCCCUAUACAGCCCUCACAGGCACAUGCAAAGAGGAGCCCCACAAGUUCCUUACAUACAUGCACAGAUAGGGGCCCCUCAAGGCGCUUAAACGCACAUGGGGAGAGGAGCCCCAUGAGUUCCUUGCAUGCACACAGAGAUAGGGGCCCCACAAGGCCCUCACACACACAUGGGGAGGGGGGGGGGUCCAUGAAGCCCUUACAAACACAUGGAGAGAGGAACUCCAGCAAGGCCCUCAAAUGCACCUUAAGAGAGGGGCCCCACAAGGCCCUCACAUGCAGAUGGGGAUAGGGGCCCCACAAGGCUUUCACAUGCAAAUAGGGAUAGGGGCCCCACGAGGCUUUCACAUACAAAUGGGGAUAGGGGCCCCACAAGGCCCUCACAUGCAAAUGGGGAUAGGGACCCACAAGGCCCUCAAUGCACAUGGAAAUAGGGGCCCCACAAGGCCCUCAUACGCAGAUGGGGAUAGGGGCCCCACAAGGCUCUCACAUUUACAUGGAGAUAGGAGCCCCACAAGGUCCUCGCACGCAGACCAGUAGAGGGGCCCCCAAGGGGACUUCACACACUCACAUAUUGGCAUGUGCAUGGACACACACAGGCACAGUCUAUCACGCACAAACACGCCCUCAUGCCAACAGGAUAGACCCCUAGUGAGGCGGGGGGUGGACAGCCACACUACUGUCCUCUGCUUUUUCCUGUCAUUUUAAAUCCUAAUGUCCUCAUUGCCUGGCAGUACAUGAAUGGCGACUGUUUAACUUUGCCUGUAAACACUGAGCAUUACGGGGAAGGAGUGUGAGGGUCCCCGUCUGGCAUCUCUGUGACCACCAACAGCUCUCAGAGUAUCACUGCUAGUGAGGGGAUCUCGGCUGAUGUCCCUCUGGUCAGCAGCUCAAUAAACCACUAUAUUUUUCUGGCUUGUACAA